UGUAAACACAGACUGUUCAGUCAGUAUCUAGGUCAGGUAAGGUCUUAACCUACUUGAUCAACCAUUUAAAGAAAGUGAUAGCCGUCCACUUAUCAUUUGGACAUCCCCUCAUCUAUUUAACACUUUUGCGUAAUUACGCACGUUCAGGCGACCACACUGCAUCUCAGGUGCGUUCAAGGCACAAGACUGAGUGCUGAGAUUUUUAGAGAAUGAAUGACAGCAAGCGAUCGGGCAUGCAUGAAGAAAACUCACUUUCCAAAUAUUACCAACAUUAAGAUGAUUAUCUGUAGGCUCGAACAUUUUAUCGGUUGUUGCCCACUGUGGAAAUAACCUACACAUUUCAUUUGAUCAAACUGAGAUAAAGAAAACAUUUGGUUGUAUAGCCUUUAUAUAAACCCAAGACAGUACACAAUUAUUCUCAUAUAUAUACAUGCAUUUUCAGGCAGGCAGAGUCACUGCAGGUGGGAAUUAAAUACAUUAAUCGAAGAUCUAGCUCAGGUUGUGUUGACUUUUAUAAAAGAAGAAUUUUUGGUCAAUCAGUGUGAACUUUUGUGUCAGGGCAACACUUAAAACAUGUGUCUUGAAGCAGAAUGGGGAAUCUCUAAAGUCCUCUGCAAAUAGAUUUACAUCCUGGACCAAUGUGACUUUAAAUAACAGUAUGGAAAUGUGAUUUAACACUUACAUUUAUACUAGCUUGUCUAACAAGUUAAUGCCACCUGACUGCAGCUGUGAAUACCUGAUAAGUGAUUGACAGUUUAUUGAGUGGUAACACAAGAGGUGCGAAGACGUCUGUUCUCAAGUAGUUUUCUCUAUUUUCAUUUCAAAGAUCAGCAUCGUGCCACUGUCACAGUAACAACUGCUGACAAACAUCAAAUUUAGCACUUUAGCACAAACAACACUUGAGUCAACUUACAGUUCAGUAAAUGUCACCUAAAAAGUCACCACUAAGUGCUGGAAAUGUUGCUUUGUGUAAACCAGAGUACAACUGCCUGUCUUACUGGAGUUUAAAUAAGUUGGUACAAACAUUUGUUUUCUUGUAGAUAAACAUUCAUCACUCUUUUGCACUAUUCCUGCUGAGACCUGCACAAAGCCAGAGUAAAAUCAGGUUGUAUAUGUCCCCUUUUAUUCUGUUAUUACAACCAAAUUUAGUUACUUGUACAAAGUAGUCCACAAUUUUUGUCAGUUUAUAAAAGGUUCUUUUAUUGCAUCAAAAUGAGCCUUUUUGAUAUCAGAACAUUUCAUUUUAUAAGCCAUAUCUCAAAGACUUACAUUACAGACUUUAUUGCUACUCUUAUUUUCUUUCACAGUCACUAAAAAGGUACAAUCUCAGUCGUAAAUCAAAAGUACAAAAGAAAUCAUUACCAAAAGAGUUUUGACAAAAUGACUGGAGGAGGCAAACAUUCUAACAAUUGUGCUAAGAAUUAACAGGGAUCUUUAGGUGAUCAAUAACAAACAUUUUGAAAGGUUAACCUGUUUUAGCAAUCCAGAGAUUAAAAUGAGCAAACUUUCACAAGAGACUUAGUAAAAGUUUAACACAUUUUUAGUUUUUUGGGUGUACUCGCUGCUAUUUGGACAGUUAACAACAGAGGUGAAAUAAGACCUUUGUUUAUAGGAGGAUUUUUUUGUAUUAACGUCACAUGACAAGACUGAAGUUAUGUGCAACCAGUUGUGAAUGGACUCCAGUAACUCCAGUUGUGCUCGCAUUCUGCUGUCUUUUUUGUACAAAGCAUCUUUUCACAACAGGGAGUUUGCAAGCAGGACGGCAAGCUCUUCGGACACAAGCUCUGAAAGUUUAAGAGCCCUCACCUCUCGCUUCCCGGGGGCCCGCUUCACGAAGGUUAAAAUGCCACAAAACAAUACUUUGAAAGACAACCAUGCAAAUCCUGACCUCACUGGUGAAGAAUGGCCUCGGUCCAAGGCUUCAAAGAAUCUCGCUCCAGGCCUUGCUUCGCUGCAGUGGAGUCCAGGACCUUUGGGCAGAGCCAUCUCCAUUGGUUCACGGGUAGAUGCUGAGACUUUACACUCUGACCGAACAGAGCUGCUUUCAAAGAUUGAGACCAAACUUUACCACCGUCGAUGGCUCAUGCUGUUUCUCUUCAGUGCUGUCUCAGCAAGCAAUGCCUUCAUGUGGCUUCAGUACGGCAUUAUUAGCAACAUAUUCAUGCGAUUUUACAACAUUGAUUCUCUGGCAAUUGACUGGUUGUCCAUGAUCUACCUCCUCACUUACAUCCCGCUCAUCUUGCCUGUCCUCUGGCUUCUGGAAAACAGGGGGAUCAGGGAUGUGGUCCUUGUUGGGGCAGCGUUUAACUGCAUUGGUGCUUGGAUAAAAAUUGGUAGUGUUGGUCCAGAGCUUUUCCAAGUCACCUUCUUUGGCCAGUUUAUUUGCUCAGUAGCCACCGUGUUUGUCCUCGGUAUUCCCUCUUACCUUGCCUCAGUGUGGUUUGGUGAAAAAGAGGUUUCCACUGCUUGCUCCAUCGGAGUUCUGGGGAACCAGGUUUGUCAAAACAUCCAAACAAUAACCAUUUUAUUUUCUUCUUCCUCUGCAUUAAAGUCCACUAAGCCAGCCUGUCUGAGAGCUGUCUGCAGAUUAUACAGGGCUGUGCUGAAUGCCUAAGUCUUAUAAGACUUGUGGUGUCUUAGUGUGAGAAGCCCAAGGAAAUCUUUUUAACUGUUUGCAGAAACCUUUACCUGUUUAUAAAGAUCUCUUCUCUAAUUUAAUUUGGUACAUGGGGUUAAUAGAGAAAGAAAAACAUUUUACGCUGAUUUCAAAUGACUUGAAAAACAAUACAUUGUAUUCUUUGUGCUAAUUUCU